CAGGAUGUCGUUUGUUUACAGUUGCUAUGGUUACACUUCCGACAACAGAAUCGUAAAUAGUAGUGGUACAUUUAGCCAGCAAGCAAGCUAGCUAGCUCAAUUAUCUUGUUUUCACAAGAUAAAUUAUACAUUUUACACUGCUAACUAGUAAUGCAAAUAUAAUGACUGAUUUGGAUGCUUCUGUUGAACAAAAAUCGAUUGGAAAAUGUUUGCUGGAUAACUGGGUAGAGGAGGUGAGUUAGCUUAGCUAACGUUAGCUAGGUAGAUAGUUAGCUAGUUGGCAAAGGUUGCCGCUGGUAGUUCUCUCUCUGUGUGUGUGUGUGUGGGAGAGAGAGAGAGAUGUUAGAGGUUGGCCUACCUCUAAGUACAGGUAUGAGGGCUUGCAUGUUCUCCCUCCUGUUUUCGCAGAGUUAGCUAUGAAUGUGUGCCAUCAUUAAUAGGUCAUUAGUACAAGUCACACCUCUAGCUAAUUACAAAUCAUUGAAUGCAACAAAUGUUGUCACACAAGGCACAGUUUUGAUUAAUCUGUGGAAUUACAUUCAUUCAGCGGGCCACUGCAGUCCUUGACAACGAGAGGCCCAGACCGCACAUCCACAAAAAUGGACAUAAGGGGAUUCUCACUAUGGAUCUGUCAUCCAAAGUUCAAGGUGUCACCACAGUGAAUGCUGCUUUCACCCAUCCCAGGGGUCAUGGGGUGAGACAAAGGGGUACGUACAGUAUAAAAACAUUGAACAGUUUAUGUCAAGAAACAUCUUCAUCCAGCCUAACCUUGAAUAUAUUUCUUCCUGGAAUGAGUUUGAGAUUCAGUGUUCAAACAUUCUGUGACUUUUAAUAUUGUGCAAGCUGUUGAAAAGCAUACAUUAGUGAUGUCUCACUGGCUGGCUUGAUUCAAAUUCACUCAAACCUUUUAGAGUUCCGUAUAAUAAUAAUAAUAAUAAUAAUAAUAAUAAUAAUAAUAAUAAUAAUAAUUUAUUACAUUUCUAUAGCGCUUUUCAUAAGAAUCUCAAAGCGCUUCAAAAGCAAAAAACAAACAAGCAUUACAUCCUCAUGAGUAGCCUAACUAUAGUUAUGUCAACCAAUAGAGGCCAAGUCUUUGAGUAUGUGUGUUACUCAUCUUCUUAACUGUGAUGUUUUCACAUCUUAAAUGGGUUUCCAUGUUUUAUUUGUUCAGGCCUCAGGGGAGAACUUUUGGAAAAAUAUCUAAUCAAGAAAAUAAGGUAGGCCUAAUUUAUAAAAGUUUAAUUUCAUAACAGUUAUCAUAAUGUAACACAUUGAAAUAUUUUUUUUAGGAUGUGACUUGCUCGAGACGUGAAACGACACUGUUCAAUCCAUGUCUUGAGCAGAACUGGUAGGAGGAAAGUGAUGUAAUUUACAAGUCUUGGUUAGUUUUACAGUUCUAUGAAAACUUUGUGCUUUUUGAUUAGACUUUAUGAUCUGAUUUAACGUUUAUUUGAAUUGUAAUGUGGUUAAUAGAAUAUAUCCCCAACAAUUUGGUUAACAUCCCCAACAAGUGUUUUAGAAAAAGUCAAAGGGAGGUAAGACAUGAUUAAAACUGGGGGAGACAGUUUUCAUAGCCGCUGACCUGUGCCGUACAAAACCACACGGUCACUGAACUAGACUUUUACUGAAUGCUCAAAGUUAAAUGUGAAAAACCCCAACAAGACUAACUAGUUUGUUAUGACAAAAAGAAGAUACAUUUGAAUAAGUAGCAUUAGUCAUAUUUGGAGAGUAUGGUACUGUUGUUUUCCUUGUCGAUCGACCUCCGUAGGGAAAAAGUAUAAGUAAAUGUCAACAUACAGUGCAUUCAGAAAGUAUUCAGACCCCUUGACCUUUUCCACAUUUUGUUACAUUUUGCACACCUGUAUUUGGGGAGUUUCUCCCAUUCUUCUCUGCAGAUCAUCUCAAGCUCUGUCAGGUUGGAUGGGGAGCAUUGCUGCACAGCUAUUUUCAGGUCUCUCCAGAGAUGUUCAAUCGGGUUCAAGUCCGGGCUCUGGCUAGGCCACUCAAGGACAUUCAGAGACUUGUCCCGAAGCAACUCCUGCGUUGUCUUGGCUGCGUGCUUAGGGUCGUUGUCCUGUUGGAAGGUGAACCUUUGCCCCAGUCUGAGGUCCUGGAGCAGGUUUUCAUCAAGGAUACUUUGCUCCGUUCAUCUGUCCCUCAAUCCUGACUAGUCUCCCAGUUCCUGCUGUUGAAAAACAUCCCCACAGCAUAAUGCUGCCACCACCAUGCUUCACCGUAGGGAUGUUGCCAGGUUUCCUCCAGACCUGACGCUUGGCAUUCAGGCCGAAGAGUUAAAUCUUGGUUUCAUCAGACCAGAGAAUAUUGUUGCUCAUGGUCUGAGAGUCCUUUACGUGCCUUUUGGCAAACUCCAAGCGGGCUGUCAUGUGCCUUUUACUGAGGAGUGGCUUCCGUCUGGCCACUCUACCAUAAAGGCCUGAUUGGUGGAGUGCUGCAGAGAUGGUUGUCCUUCUGGAAGGUUCUCCCAUCUCCACAGAGGAACUCUGGAGCUCUGUCAGAGUGACCAUCAGGUUCUUGGUCACCUCCCUGACCAAGGCUCUACUCCCCCGAUUGCUCAGUUUGGCCGGGUGGCCAGCUCUAAGAAGAGUCUUGGUGGUUCCAAACUUCUUCCAUUUAAGAAUGAUGGAGGCCACUGUGUUCUUGGGGACCUUCAAUGCUGCAGACAUUUUUUGGUACCCUUCCCCAGAUCUGUGCCUCGACACUAUCCUGUCUCGGAGCGCUACAGACAAUUCCUUUGGCUUGGUUUUUGCUCUGACAUGCACUGUCAACUGUGGGACCUUAUAUAGACAGGUGUGUGCCUUUCCAAAUCAUGUCCAAUCAAUUGAAUUCACCACAGGUGGGCUUCAAUCAAGUUGUAGAAACAUCUCAAGGAUGAUCAAUGGAAACAGGAUGCAGCUGAGCUCAAUUUCGAGUCUCAUAGCAAAGGGUCUGAAUACUUAUGUAAAUAAGGUAUUUCUGAUUUUAAUUUUGUAUACAUUUGCAAAAAAAAAAAAAAAAAGUUUUUCACUUUGUCAUUAUCGGGUAUUGUGUGUAGAUUGACAAGGAUUUUUUUUAUUUAAUCAAUUUUAGAAUAAGGCUGUAAGGUAACAAAAUGUGGAAAAAGGGAUGGAGUCUUUCCGAAUGUACUGUAUCAACAGAAUCUGCUCAAUUUGAGAAUUACAUCUGGAUCUGUGGACACUAAUUAUGAAGAGAUAGGACAGGGAGUUUACACGACAACCUUUAUGAAUAAUGUAGAAUAACUGGAACAGUAGAACAAUGUAAUGCACAUGGUAAUGAAUGUAUUAUGCGCGAUAAUUGAAAAUGUGGAAAAACAAUGUCAGAGCACCAGAGAUUGAUAAGAAUAUUGCUGUAGGUUCUCAUGCUAAUAUGGUCAUCCUCCUCUAUCUCACAGUGAGCAGACACAUGCAGAAUUCAACCCAGAGCCUCCCAAAACAGAGUUCUGCUCCACCACCAAAGAGGACUACAAAGUCGAAGGCUUUCAGCCUUCCCUCCCUUCACCUCUAAAGGUCUACUUACUAGAUCAAUUAUUUUCUAUUAACAUGAUUACAAAAUACUCCUCUUUGUGAGACACAUUGUUUUGGGACUAGCUACAUUUCCUGUCUCUUGUAUAUGUACUGUAAACUGACAUUUCAGUAUUCAACUGAAACUUCAACAGACUUAAUUUCUAAUGCAUUCUUUGUUUGCUGUGAUUAGGAGCAUGACUACAAAAGCGAUCAGGCAAUUACUUUUUGGAGUGAGAAUCAUCAGCACAUACAGGUUGGUCUAAUUAUUCCAUUCCACCUCCAUUUAUACUGAACAAAAAUAUAAACGCAACAUGCAACAAUUUCAAAGAUUUGACUGAGCUACAAUUCAUAUAAGGAAAUCAGUCAAUUUAAAUAAAUAAAUUAGGCCCGUAAUAUAUUUCACAUGACUGGGAAUACAGAUAUGCAUCUGUUGGUCACAGAUACCUUAAAAAAAAGAGGUAGGGGCGUGGAUCAGAAAACUAGUCAGUAUCUGGUGUGACCAACAUUUGCUUCAUGCAGCGCGACACAUCUCCUUUGCAUAGUUGAUCAGGCUGUUGAUUGUGGCCUGUGGAAUGUUGUCCCACUCCUGUUCAAUGGCUGUGUGUAGUUGCUGGAUAUUGGCGGGAACUGGAACACACUGUCGUACACGUCAAUCCAGAGCAUCCCAAACAUGCUCAUGGAAGAACUGGAAAAUGUUCAGCUUCCAGGAAUUGUGUACAAAUGGACCUUUUUAUUUACCAUAUCAAGGUUAGAGGACCAUAGCCUUAUUCUUAGGUAUUCUUAGGUUCAUACUCUGUGUGACCCACUUACCCCUGCAUUUAAUCUCUGCUGCACAAUCAGUCUUUUAUUAUCGCAAUAAAACCAUAUCAAUAUUAUUGUACACUUGGCCCUUGAAUUGUAGUGUUUGAUGGCUGUUGAAAUGUAAGAUAUCAACCAAUGAAAAUUAUUUAGCAUAUGUUUGUCAUUUUGGUGUCAUAUUUGAUGACUAUUUACAAGCCUCUGUUUUGAAUUUGGUCUCAAGAAGCCCUUCAAUAAGACAUCUUAUUAGAUUCUGCCAAUAGAGUUUAAAGAGCACAGCUGGUACAGGGUGUUGUCCAAUUCUGAAUGAGAUGCUGCAUCUCAUCCACUUUUACCCAGUUCAGUUCAUUUAAGCCUUGAAACGAGGCAGAAAAUACUGUAAAAAUAGCAUACAUGGGUUUCAAUGUAUAGUCUGAUAGGACUCAGUCUACACCAGGGCCAUAUAUUUAGAGAGGUAGGCCAACUUUUUGAAUUAUUUAUAUUGUUCUAAUUCUAGACAUGCAAUUACAUAGCAUUGUUUAAAUAUUAUUCUUGUAAUGUUAAUGGCGAGCUAACAAGGCUGCCAUAGAAUGUUGUAGUGUCAUGUAAAUGCAUCAUAAUGCAGAAACCGCAUUGGCCCAACUCUCUAAAUACAUGGCUCUGGUCUACACGAAAGCUAUUUAGAAACAAAAGCAAGAAAACACAACUUACAGUAGGUCCUGUACCAUGUUUUUGCCAUGUCUCAGGGUGUGACAGCGGUGAGUACCAGAAAUACCCCAUUCAAGAAGAAUGCCACCUUCAGCACACCUAUCAGUGAACACAUGGAUGAUGAGCAUAUUCUGUACACACCUGAAAAUUAACCUGUUAUGAACAUUGGACAUGUCAUGCAUCUUAUGAACAGUGGUAUUAAAUUAUGUUUCCAUGAUGUUGUAUAAGACUAUUGCGCUCUUUAUUUUUUACAAAUUAUGUCUAGUCUCUGCACC